GCUCCGGGCACCCGCGCGGCUCCCGGCGGCGGAGCGGAGAUCCCGGAGCGCCCAGGUUCCUUCCGAAAGCGAGCUGGAGUCUGGCCUGGUCGCCUCGGGGAGUGGGGGCACAGCUAGAAGGAGCCAGAGCGCAGAGGUCGGGAGCUGAGCAGCAGAGACAUGCCCGUGCUGUCUGAGGACUCCGGUUUGCAUGAAACCCUGGCACUAUUGACUUCUCAGCUCAGACCUGACUCCAACCACAAGGAAGAGAUGGGCUUCCUGAGGGAUGUUUUCAGUGAAAAAAGCCUCGGUUACUUGAUGAAGAUUCACGAGAAGCUUCGCUAUUACGAGAGGCAAAGUCCAACCCCUGUUCUGCACAGCGCUGUGGCCCUUGCUGAGGAUGUGAUGGAGGAGCUGCAGGCCGCCUCUGCGCACAGCGACGAGAGGGAGCUGCUCCAGCUGCUGUCCACCCCCCACCUCAGGGCCAUGCUCAUGGUACACGAUACAGUUGCUCAAAAGAAUUUCGACCCCGUUCUUCCCCCUCUGCCCGAUAAUAUUGACGAGGAUUUUGAUGAAGAAUCAGUGAAGAUUGUCCGCCUGGUAAAGAACAAGGAACCCCUGGGUGCCACCAUCCGGCGGGAUGAGCACUCCGGGGCUGUGGUGGUGGCCCGGAUCAUGCGAGGGGGCGCGGCCGACCGGAGCGGUCUGGUCCACGUUGGAGAUGAGCUCCGAGAGGUGAACGGGAUCGCAGUCCUGCAUAAACGCCCCGAUGAGAUUAGCCAGAUUCUGGCGCAGUCCCAGGGAGCCAUUACCCUGAAAAUCAUCCCAGCCACCCAGGAGGAGGACCGUUUAAAGGACAGCAAGGUGUUCAUGCGGGCCCUCUUCCACUACAACCCGACGGAGGACCGGGCCAUCCCCUGCCAGGAGGCGGGCCUGCCCUUCCAGCGCAGGCAGGUCCUGGAGGUGGUGAGCCAGGACGAUCCCACGUGGUGGCAGGCCAAGCGAGUAGGGGACACCAACCUUCGAGCUGGCCUCAUCCCCUCCAAGCGGUUCCAGGAAAGGCGACUAAGCUACAGGAGAGCCACCGGCACCCUGCCGAGCCCCCAGAGCCUCAGGAAGCCCCCCUAUGAUCAGCCUUGUGACAAAGAGACCUGUGACUGUGAGGGGUACUUCAAAGGGCACUAUGUGGCUGGUCUUCGGAGAAGCUUCCGGCUGGGCCGAAGAGAAAGACCGGGAAGCCCCCAGGAAGGAAAGGGGUCUGCAGGAGCCGAGGCUCCAGAGCUGCUGACCUAUGAGGAGGUAACCAGGUACCAGCACCAGCCUGGUGAACGGCCCCGCCUGGUGGUUCUGAUUGGAUCCCUGGGAGCCCGGCUGCAUGAACUGAAGCAGAAGGUGGUGGCAGAGAACCCACAGCACUUUGGCGUUGCCGUUCCACAUACCACCAGACCUCGAAAGAGCCAUGAGAAGGAGGGGGUGGAAUAUCACUUCGUCUCUAAGCAAGCAUUCGAGGCCGACUUACAUCACAACAAGUUCCUGGAGCAUGGUGAAUAUAAGGAAAAUCUCUACGGAACCAGCCUGGACGCCAUUCAGGAGGUGAUGGCCAAAAACAAAGUGUGUUUGGUGGACGUGGAGCCGGACGCACUGCAACAACUGAGGACCUCAGAGUUCAAGCCCUAUGUUAUAUUUGUAAAACCUGCGAUUCAGGAAAAGAGGAAGACGCCACCCAUGUCCCCAGCUUGUGAGGACACAGCAGCCCCACGUGACGAGGAGCAGCAGGAGAUGGCUGCCUCUGCCGCCUUCAUAGACCAGCACUACGGGCAUCUGGUGGACAGCGUGCUGGUGAAGGAGGACCUCCAGAGUGCCCACAGCCAGCUCAGAGUGCUCUUGGAGAAGCUGAGCAAGGACACUCACUGGGUGCCUAUUAGUUGGGUCAGGUAACUGUAUCCUAGAACAUCCGGGUUGGAGGGGACCUAGAAGACCACCUCGUCCAGCCUCCCCCAUGCUACCGUCAAGGAAUCUCAACUGUGGAGAGGAGCGGAAUUUUCCAUAAACUCCAUUGUCAA